AUGGAUGAUGGGGUGUAUAGGGAUGAAGGGGGUGAAGGAGAUGAUGGUUGUGAUGGGGAUGAUGGAGAUGAUGGAGAUGAUCGAGCUGAUGGAGAUGAUGAGGAUGAUGGGGUGUAUGGGUAUGAUGGGCAUGAUGGGGGUGAUGGGGAUGAUGGGGAUGAUGGGGAUGAUGUAGAUGUUGGGGGUGAUGGGGAUAAAGCGUGUGAUGGCUAUGAUGUGGAUGAUGUGGAUGAUGGAGAUGAUAAAGAUGAUGGGGAUGAUGGGUGUGAUGGAGAUGAUGGGGAUGAGGGGGGUGAUGUGGAUGAUGGAGACGAUGGGGAUGAUGUGGAUGAUGGGGAUGACGUGGAUGAAGGGGGUGAUGGGGAUGAUGGAGAUGAUGGUGAUGAAGGGGGUGAUGGGGAUGAUGGUUGUAAUGGGGAUUAUGGAGAUGAUGGAGAUGAUGGAUUUGAUGGGGAUGAUGAUGAUGAUGGAGAUGAUGGAGAUGAUAGGGGUGAUGGGGAUGAAGGGGCUGAUGGAGAUGAUGGAGAUGAUGGGGGUGAUGGGGAUGAAGAGGGUGAUGGAGAUGAUGGAGAUGAUGGGGAUGAUUGGGGUGAUGGGGGUGAAGGGGGUGAUGGAGAUGAUGGAGAUGAUAGGGAUGAUGGGGAUGAUGGGGGUGAUGGGAUGAAGGGGGUGAAGGGGGUGAAGGAGAUAAUGGGUGUGAUGGGGAUGAUGGAGAUGAUGGAGAUGAUCGAGAUGAUGGAGAUGAUUGGGAUGAUGGGGAUGAUGGGGGUGAUGGGGAUGAUGGAGAUGAUGGAGAUGGUGACGGUGAUGGCAUAUUUGGAUGAUAGGGGUGAUGGGGAUGAAGAGGGUGAUGGGGAUGAAGGGGGUGAUGGAGAUGAUGGAAAUGAUUGGUGUGAUGGGGAUGAUGGAGAUGAUGGGGAUAAAGGGGGUGAUGGGGAUGAUGGGGAUGAUGGGUGUAAUGGGGAUUAUGGAGAUGAUGGAGAUGAUGGAUUUGAUGGGGAUGAUGAUGAUGAUGGAGAUGAUGGAGAUGAUAGGGGUGAUGGGGAUGAAGGGGCUGAUGGAGAUGAUGGAGAUGAUGGGGGUGAUGGGGAUGAAGAGGGUGAUGGAGAUGAUGGAGAUGAUGGGGAUGAUUGGGGUGAUGGGGGGGGUGAAGGGGGUGAAGGAGAUGAUGGGUGUGAUGGGGAUGAUGGAGAUGAUGGAGAUGAUCGAGAUGAUGGAGGUGAUGGGGAUGAUGGAGAUGAUGGAGAUGAUAGGGAUGAUGGGGAUGAUGGGGGUGAUGGGGAUGAAGGGGGUGAAAGGGCUGAUGGGGAUGAUGGAGAUGAUGGUGAUGAAGGGGGUAAUGGGGAUGAUGGUUGUAAUGGGGAAUAUGGAGAUGAUGGAGAUGAUGGAUUUGAUGAGGAUGAUGAUGAUGAUGGAGAUGAUAGGGGUGAUGGGGAUGAAGGGGCUGAUGGAGAUGAUGGAGAUGAUGAUGAUGGGGAUGAUGGAUAUGAUGGAGAUGAUGGGGAUGAAUGGCGAGAUGGGGAUGAUAUGGAUGAUGGAGAUGAUGGGGAUGAUGGAGAUGAUGGAGAUGCUUGGGAUUAUGGGGAUGAUUGGGGUGAUGGGGAUGAUGGGGAUGAUGGGGGUGAUGGAUAUGAUGAUGAUGGAGAUGAGGGGAAUGAUGUGGAUGAUGAGGAUGAUGGGGAAGAUGGGGGUGAUGUGGAUGAUGGGGAUGACGGAGGAGAUGUGGAUGAUUGGGGUGAUGGGGAUGAUGGGGUUGAUGAUGAUGGAGAUGAGGGGGAUGAAGGGGGUGAUGGGGAUGAUGGAGAUGAUGGAGAUGAUGGGGGUGAUGGGGAUGAAGAGGGUGAUGGGGAUGAUGGGGAUGAUUGGGGUGAUGGGGGUGAUGGGGAUGAUGGAUAUGAUGGGGGUGAUGGGGAUGAUGUGGAUGAUGGAGAUUAUGGAGAUGAUGGGGAUGAUGGAGGACAUGUGGAUGAUUGGGAUGAUGGGGAUGAUGGGGUUGAUGAUGAGGGCAAUGAUGUGUCUGAUGAGGAUGAUGGGUGUGAUGGGGAUGAUGGAGAUGAUGGAGAUGAUGGGGUGAUGGGGAUGAUGAGGGUGAUGUUGAUGAUGGAGAUGAUGGAGAUGAUGGAGAUGAUUGGGAUGAUGGGGAUGAUGGAUGAUAGGGGUGAUGGAGAUGAUGGAGAUGAUAGGGAUAAUGGGGGUGAUGGAGAUGAUGGGGAUGAGGGGGGUGAUGUGGAUGAUGGAGAUGAUGGGGAUGAUGUGGAUGAUGUGGAUGAUGGAGAUGAUGAAGAUGAUGAGGGGGGUGAUGGGGAUGAUGGUUGUGAUGGGGAUUAUGGAGAUGAUGGAGAUGAUGGAUUUGAUGGGGAUGAUGAUGAUGAUGGAGAUGAUGGAGAUGAUGGGGUGAUGGGGAUGAUGGGGAUAAGGGGGAUGAUGAUGGAUGAUGAUGGGGGUGAUGGGGAUGAGAGGGUGAUGGAGAUGAUGGAGAUGAUGGAGAUGAUGGAGGUGAUGGGGAUGAUGGAGAUGAUGGAGAUGAUGGGGGAUGAUGGGAUGAUGGGGAUGAUGGGGGUGAUGGGGAUGAUGGGGGGGUGA